AUGAUUGUCAUGAUGUUGCUGGAGCACGUGAUUGCAUGUUUCUGGUUCGGGCUCGGCAGAAUGGAAUCCUCAUCGGGCACGUGGCUCACACAUUCGGCCGUCGCUGACGGCUCCUUCGCGAAUCAGUAUAGCUACAGCCUUCGCUGGGCACUGGGACAGCUCGGUAUCGGAUCCACCGAGACAGAGGCUCUCACG